AUGCUUGCACUUUUUUUGCUCUGUUGCUGCGCUGCCGCAGAUUGGAUACGUGGCGUUGAGCCAGAUAGACAAUCGCUAUAUAAGCCUGACGAAGACGGGUUUUGGACAUGUCUGGGCAAUCCAGAGAUCAGGAUCUCUUUUGACAAAAUCAAUGACGAUUAUUGUGAUUGUCCAGAUGGUUCUGACGAGCCAGGAACUUCUGCGUGCAGCUUGGGUCGAUUUUACUGCGCCAAUGAAGGGUUCCACCCGAGCUAUUUGCCUUCCUACAAGGUGAACGAUGGCAUUUGUGAUUACGAUCUCUGUUGCGAUGGUUCUGACGAGGCUGAUGGAAAAUGCCCAUCGAGAUGCGCACAAAUGAAGAAAGAAUGGGAUGAGGAAACAGCGGCACGGAAUGCGGUCAUUUCUAGGGGAUUAGCCAAGAAGGCUAAAAUUCAGCACAAAGCACACAAGCAGCGGACCAAGUUGAAGUACGAAAUUACACAAUUGUCUGCCGAGAUCGAGAAAUUCGAGCAGGAACUUUAUGGUCUCAACCAGCUUCAGGCUCCUACAGAAAAGGAAAGCGCCAUAAUCUCAGUGUUUGAGCAGCUGGACUCGAAAUUGGAGGAUCUUUCCUCGCAGAUUUCUGAAAAGCUCCAGCAACUCAACACCAAAAGACAACAUCUGAGAAACUUGGAAGAGAUUCUAGAAACUAUGAGUAACGAGUACAACCACAAUUUCAAUGACCCGGCCGUGAAAGCUGCAGCUCAAGCAUUCCAGGAAUAUUCUGUCAAUCAAGGUUUAACCAAGGACGAAAAGCACACUGAUCAGGCCAGUGAGGUAAAAUCUCUGUUUGAAACUUUGCAAAACCAGUUGAGAGACUCUGAGGCAGAAAUUCGGAAGCUGGCUGGCCGUGGAGACGAGGACCAAAACGAACUGUUUGACUUCAAAUCCACUUUCAAAGCCAUGGUGAACUCUUUCCUGGGCGUGUCAAACAGACACCAAAAAAUUCCGUCGACGAGAGAGUCAGAAAAGCGGAAGAAGGAAAUCGAAGACGAAUUGAAGCGGUUAAGAAGAGAUUUGCAGACAAAGGAGGAGCGGCUUAAUAAAGACUACGGACCACAACAAAUUCUCAUGGCUAUGGACGAUUGUAUCGUGGACAAAAUUGGCGAUUAUGAUUAUAGAUUGUGCUUCGUGGAAAAAGUGGAACAAAUAGAUCGCAAUGGCCAUGCAGUUAGAAUAGGCCGCUUUGAACGGACCGAGUUUGACGAAGAAAAACAGCAGCUCAAGCUGAUCUACGAACAUGGAGACAAAUGCUGGAAUGGUCCAGUGAGAAAGGCCACUGUUCAGCUGGAAUGCGGUGAAAAGAACACCAUCGUUGCCGUUACCGAGCCGGAGAAGUGCGAGUACACGUUGAGAGUCAAGUCGCCGAUUGGAUGUUUCGAGCCCGUUGAAGCUUGA